GUACUCCAUUUGGAGUGCAUCAGCCAUCCUCGCUUCAAUUUGGAGACUCCAAGAAGCUUCUGCAGAGCUGCCCAGAAGCAAAAGCGUUGGACACUCCCUGGUCUGUCAGUACCCUGUACAACCGAAACUUGUAUUUCUAUAUUUACUGGAUUCAGCAUCACCUUCUUGUCACUGCCAUUGGCACUGUGGGCUGUUUGAUUUUGCUCCUGUGGCAGCGUGGCUUGUUUGCGAUGGGCUGCGCAGGCAAAGUGCAAUCUGCGUAG